CACGGGUCACGAAAAUACCCUUUACCACCCUAAAUUGUUUUGUCAAUUACAAAAUUUACCACCGGAAUUAUUUCACAUACAUGUAAUUUUUUAUGUAGUCACUCGCAAUGCUACAAAUGAACGUUCUACAACAAAACCGUAAAUUACACUCACACGAAAAAUGCUGGGAAUAAAAUCUUCUGAAACAGGGGGUAGGUACAAAUCCUUUAUUACUGCAAGCGGUUGGACUUCGUAUUGUAAAAUUGUUUUUAAAAGUUGUUUUCACGUCCUAUUCACUCAGGGUAUAUAUGUCCAUAUGAUGUAUGUAUGUAUAUGUCCAUAUGAUGAUUUCUAAGCAUGAUUUUGACAGGCUAAAAACAUAUAUCCAACUACAAUCGGUGGACUUAAUAGAAUAGUACCCGCAAAAAAACCAAAAAACCAAAAAAACAAUCCGGGAUAUAUAAGUCGGAAUACUGAAAAUUUGUAAAUCUAUUAUGUUUGAUGGGGAUAUCACUGGACGCGAGAACGCAAGAGCCUCAUAAAUAAUUGGUUUCCGACUCAUAUGGUGCGGGUAGCUGUGCAUCAAUUUCCUUUUUGGCUUUUCACUAUGAUCUUUCUGCUGGUACGUAAAUAAAAUAUUAAUUAUUCAAACCAGCCUACCGAAUAAAAUAAAAACAUUCGUUCAUGCUCUUACAUGUAAUCUCGUCUUUCAUGAAAUAGCCAAUUCGGGACACUGCGGGCUUCGUUACUCGAUUUCAAGAUAUAUGGAAUGACUAUUUAAUCAGUGCCUUGAAUAUUAGGAGAAAAAGAUUAUCAAACAAAGGAAAACAAGGAGAACGUUAAUGACGAAAGGAACAAUUUCAAAUCUAUAAUGACGAGGAAGGUUAUAUUAGAAAAAGCAGAGGAAAUUAAAUGAACAAAAAUGGACAGAAAAGUGGUGCCGGAGGCUUCUUAGUUUUUAAUCAAACACGUUUAGUAAGUUCACCAAUUUUUUUACAAUCACGGAAAUUUAUGUUCGACAGGAAAGUACAAGCGGUAGUGGUUAUUUGCAGAACACUGUUUUCAUUAACACUUUUUUUAAAUCUUCAAAUGUGACAACGUUCAAUAUAUUUCCGAGAGCUAACGUUGUGAGAAAUGUAUGAGGAUCGGUUCAAAAAAUUAUAGCUUUGGAAAAACAGCGGUUUUAGCACCUGUGUUUCUUUGUUUCUUCUAGUGUCACGUGAUGCCAACAUAUAAGAGUCCAGGAUGAGAGGGUUUUGAUACAAAACUACUUCACACCUAACGUGAGAAGCACAAGCUUUACAAAACGCAGUUGUUUUUAUUACUUUAUAACCAUAGCCUUCUUCCAUGUCAAAUCUGGAAGAGCUGCUGAAAUUUCACAACGCACGGUUAGCCCGCGAACUUGAGUCCCGAACAACGCCCGUGAUUGUGGCGGAGUCUGGUCUGAUAGCAUUCGUGGCCCUGUGCGCUUCUCUGGGAAACACGUUGGUGUGCGUUGCGAUUGCUCGAAACCCUCGCCUUCACACGCCGACUAAUAUGUUGAUCUUUGCUCUUGCCAUGACCGACAUAACCAUGUCGAUUGCUACAAUGCCUUUGACCGUGGGCGUCCUCAUAUCAGGACGCUGGAUUUACAGCAACGAAGUCUGUCAAUUCCAAGGCUCGUUUCCUCUGACCCUGGCGGUCGUAUCUUUACAGUUAAUGGUGGUCAUUUCCGUGAACAGAUACCUGCGUGUGGUUAAACCCAACCUGUGUCGCCGAGUCUUCACGACGAAGAAGUCGAUUGGUUUCGCCGUGAUGGUGUUUUGCUUGGCGUGUUUUCCAACUCUAUCCCCGAUGUUUUACUCUCGAGAAGGCUACAUGUUUCACCCGGGAAAAGCGUACUGCGCUUUCGCCAUGGAACAGAAUUUCAUCUUCGCUCUUUGCAUGGGAUUGGCGUUUAUAAUAUCACCCUUUAUUAUCAUGUCGUGCCUGUAUUGCCGUAUCUGUUUCUCGGUGCGGAGGACGGUGUUUCCAAAAGAAAGCAACUCGAAUGCAGAAAACCAGCAACGAACCGCACACGUGCAAGAAGUGAAAGUGACCAAAACGCUGGCCGCUGUUCUUGUUGGGUUCUCGUGUUGUUGGCUUCCUAUUAUGGCUAUCGACCAAAUCGACAUGAACAAUGGAGCACCAAUGCUUCCCAGACAGGUUUAUUACUUUUACGGUUUGUCAAUCUACAUGUCGUCAGCCAUAAACCCAGUGUUGUACGGCCUCAUGAACCGCUCGUUCCGGGCGGAAUAUAAAAGAACGAUCACUUGCAAGAAGGCUUGACUUUCUUCACUGAUUUCACCAACAAAUUUGCAUCACAGAACUCAAAUAUAAACUGGCUUUGACUAACCGAAAAUGCGCUUAGUUUAGUACAUAGCCGGUCUGUGCAUUGAAUUUUCUUGGCAGUAAUGUUGAGAAAAAACUGUUGCAAGAGCAGAUAAGAAACUGAAAGAAACUUUAAAACUAUAUUAAGCCAAAGAGCGCGUGUAUUUGCUUUAGUGAUAUCACCUGUAUUAUAUGUUAAGUGUGUUUAAAGCCACAUGAAUACUGCAUGAGUUAUUCGUAGCCAGUUUUAUUUCAGAGCUGUUAUUAUUGUACUUAGAACCUUAAUUUGUUAAGGAGGUUUCCAUCUACAUGUACCUACGAAAGACAAAGCGAAGAAGGAAAAAUUGAAGACCAUUAUAACUGAUCUUCAAAUACGAAAACGAAUGUAAUUUGAGGCGUCAGGUAAAAUAUUGACUUUAUACGUUUCUAUUGACAUUUUCAGUGCUAGUGCUGGGAGCCAUUUCACCUGCAGUACAGACAUCGAGUUUAUUUGACUUUGUUUUUAAAUGUCAGCUCCUUCAAACACUUAAGUUUACACGGUCCUAUUCCUUUCUGGAUUCAAUAUAACUGAUCGGCCCAUAACAAAAUUUGUUGAUGUCUAAAAAGUGUUUAUCUGCUCCUCGGGGAAGUUGAAAUAUCAAAAAAUAAUUUUUGCAGCGUAGAAAAACCCGACAUUGAAGAAUCGACCUCUGAAACUGUCAUGCCGUUUAAUUUUGACAGAUUAAAAGAGUAUUUUUCAACAGACAAUUAUUAUCUGAAGAAGAAUAGUUGUCUUUCACCAAGGGCCAAAUUAAAUUGAAAUUAAUUUCCUUGCCAAGAAAAACCAAACAAAGUAACAUAGAAGUAACAGGAGUAUAUUUUUUUUGUUUCUCAGAAGGAGUCAAAUUAAGGGCACGAAAAUGUUAAUCAGGCAUUUUUUUUUUCCACUCCGGGCAUUAAACUAUAUUAGAUAAAGAGAAAGCGCAAAAUAUAAGCCUGUAAAGUUGCACUGAAGAGUCGCAUUUUGUUUUCGUUUCUCGCACGCGCCUUAUGCGAUCAGUAGGAUUUUCGGAUGAUGCGAGAUAUAUUUCAAAAACUAGGAGGCGAAAUACUAGAGAACGACAUAAUAAUGGAGUAAAUUAAUCCCUUAUUCGACGAUUUAACAUAUAAUACGCAUGAUAUUUUACUCAUUGCUCGCAAACAUAAUUCGGGGCUCGAAAAAAUUCUGCGUAAUUCGCCACGUUUCUGCGCUCUUUAAGUGUUAAACCAUCAGAUAAGGAUAUCUGCAGUGACUGACGGAUUGAAAUGUUUAAUUUCCUUGGAAAUCUUCCAAUUCGUUUAUUUCAAUGAACAGUGCUUGCAUCGAAGGGCCAACUUGUACAACUGUUGAAACUCAGCUAAUCCCACGUAAAAAGUUAUCGAUGUCGUUAUUUACAUAACAACAACAUACGAGUUAUUUGCCAAAGUUGACUUUUAGAAAGGGUCCUUUAUUGAUGUCCAAACCUAAAUAUUAGCUAAAUUGAAAACAUCUAAAAUUGCAGAACGUACUCUUAACAAACGCUAAAAUGUUGUGUACAGCAAUUGAAACCCGAAAAAGCUAUACUAAAUAUGUAACGAAUGGAAGCAAAACAAGAUUUGAAAAAACACAUGAUAUAAAAGAGUUACAUCGAAAGAGGCGAUCUUAAAUAAAUUGCUUUGUAGUUCAUUUACUCCACCUAAAUUUGACUGGAAGAGACACUCAAGACGCGGAAGAGAGUCAGGUUUAUUUGAAAACAAGUAAGUACUGGGUUAAAAGAGCUUUCGAAAAGUUUAUUUGGAUGUUUUUAAUCCAGGGGCAGGACCAAACAGGACAUUCAGCUGCAGUUUUCAGAGCGACAAAGGCGUAAACUUAAAUUCGACCCCAGUUUGGAAUGGCUUAGUACGGGAAUAUCUUUUCCCUUCAAGAAUUGAAGUCCAUGGAUCACGCGUGCACCACGCGCGACAAGACCAGAUGACUUAAACUCGCCCGAAAAUUCUUGUUGUCCUUGCUUGUUUUUAAUUCUAACUACAGUAAUCGCUUAUUUGGAGGAAAAACUGACGCUUGAAAAUUUACUCAACAAAUUUGACAAUGUUUUUAAUUUGUGCACACAGUGGAAUAUUGAAGGAUAUUAUUUUUAGCACCUUCACAUCGGAAAGCAAGCGUUCCGCAUUUUACGACAUCCUUUUUUAUUAGUCAGUACACUCAUUUCCUAUGUUUAACUGGGUGAUAAAAAUCAACAAGAAACACUGAUAAAAUUGUGUCAAUGAAAGUUGAGUCUUACUGACCAAGGGUAUUAUUGGCCACAAAAACGAUAUGAUCAGGGGCCCGUUUCUCGAAAGCCCCGGAAACUUUUCGUGCCCGCAAAGCCAUUUUUAUUUAAUC